AUGGUCAGUGAUCGUCGAUUAGCCUCGAGACGUAUCCCCACGGCGAAAAAAAUCGGUGGUCGGUCCCGGGACUCUCGCAAUGGUGGAGGGGCUGAUGAUGAUGAAGGUGAUUGGGAUCCCGCUCAUUUCCGUUUGUUUGUGGGCAAUUUGGGAACCGAUGCCAGUGAUGACUUGUUGCGACAAGGCUUCUCCAAAUACAAGCUGGUGACGAAGUGUAAGGCAGUGAUGGACAAAAGUGGCACCCCUAAAGGGUACGGAUUCGUCGCGUUCUCUGAUGCAAACGAUUACCUUAAGGCGUUCCAAGAGAUGAAUGGCAAGUACAUCGGCUUGCACCCAGUGAUGUUGAAACGGGCCGUGUCAAAGGUUCCGAAAGCUCAAAAAACUAAGAAACCCAACAAAGGCAAGUAA